AUGGGAGCGUCGGCAGCCUACGAUGCUUUAAGAGAAGGUGAACCAAAGGAGGGAGAAUUGCACGAGCAGCUUGAGAAGCAGGUAACGGAGAGGUUGCCAAAGCCAUUGGAAUCACCAAUCGACCCAACAAUGCGCAAGGACAUUUUUGAGGAGACAGGCCCAGCAGUAGCGGAAAUCGUAUCCUGUCAACUGCCUGCCCAAACAGUUCCACAGCGUGAACAUGUUAUUGAAUCAGAAGAUUACUCACCACUUCGCCAACAAGAAAAACCUCUUCUCUCGCCUACGAAGAUAGAAGAUGCUUCUUCAUUCGAGGCGUCCAACUUGGAACCCCGUCCUCAAGAAUUUGAGCUAUUAUCUCCCUCUCUUACAAAAGGAGAAGAUAUUUCGCGCGCUCCAUCUGAUGAAGCAAGUGAACUAACGACUGUGUCUGAAAAUUAUUUAUCCGAUAUUAAGGAACAACUCUUGUCGCCUACCAAUCUUGAGCGACCGGCCUCUGCUGAUAGUUUUAAGCCGGAAACUCAGGACAAAGUUAUGACCGCCAGUCCGGAUUAUCGUUUGGCCGUCGAAGAGAAGAGUUCAGUAUACAUGCCACAGGAGGCUAGAGACGGUGAACCUAAUGUAAUUGAGUCAAAGAACUACUUUGCUGAGCCGGCGAAAUCGAUCUCCUCUCCUACAAGGAAGGAUUUACCAAUUUCUGCCACCCAGUAUGGACCACAAGACCAUGCCGAGGAUAUGUUCGCUAUUCCAGACUCCCAUUUAGCAGUCAAAGAAGAGCACACAGUUUAUGUGCCAUCAGCUGAAGAUACUGAACCAUAUAUUAUCGCAUCGGAAGAUUAUUCCAUUGCAAAGGAAGAGAAACUGCUCUCUUCACCCACAGGAAUUGGAACGUCCUUUUCUCUUGAUAGUCACAAACCGGAAACCCGUAUCGAAGAUAUGUUCACCAGCGCAGAGCCCUAUCCAUUAAAAGAAGAACAUAUAGAGUUUAGUCUACAAGGUGAAGGAACUAAGCCAUAUAUCAUUGCAUCAGAAGAUUAUGCUCCUCAGCUAGAAAACCGAUUGCUGUCUUCACCAACAAAGGUGGAGGAGCUACCCUUUUUUGAUAGGGAUCAACCAAAAGGUGAUGAAGGAGCCGAGACGGCAGAAGUGUUACCAACAAAGGAAGCUGAAAGAGAAGCACAGGCAGAACUUAAAGACUACAAAAGGAUAGACGAAACGCGACAGGUAUCGCCAUCAUCCAGAGAUAUUUCCCAACAUGAGGACAUCGCUGGAACCGAAGAAACCGUAGACCAUCAUUCGCCCACACAGCCAUCUCUCCAUUUCCUAGAAGAAGAAGCUAUAGAAAAUGUUUACAAGAUGAGAUUCUCAGACACGAUAGAGUUGGAGUCACCUGAACAGCAAUCAGCACAUACGCCAUCAUCGUAUCCCGAUGAGCAACAUUCGAUUGCUGGUGAUGACGAGUGGAAGGUCUACGAUAAUAAAGGUGAAGUCGUCGAGGAGUUUUCCAGUCAGCUGACAGAAGAAUUAAUCCAGGAAGCGGAAACAAAUGCAAGCCUUCAAGCAGAGUUGUCUCCACGGAAAAUGUUCAAGCAGGAAUCUUCCGAGGUUACGAUGGAGCCUGAAGUCGACUAUCACUCGGAUCUUCAGGAAAAACUAGAUAUUCUGGCAGAAGAGCGUCGCGAGAAACUAUUUUCUGUAGAAGAAGAAGAAGAGCACUUGGAGAUUAUUGAUGAGACAGAAUAUGAACACGAAGCUGAUCGUGAUCAAGAAAUCGAACAAGCAGCAAUUCGUUUAGUCGAAGAAGCAAUAAACGCUGUUUUGGAAGGGCAUGAAGAAACGAAGACUUUCACAUCAACAUCUGGAUCAAAUGUCUAUCAUACGGCAACAGAACAUUCAAAAGACGAACAAUACGACACUUGUGUAACUUCACAAGAUACGUACGACUCAGCACAGGAAUGGACGUCGCAGGAGUCGGAGUACACAACGGCAGCUAGCGGAGCAACAAGUCGGCUGAGUGAAGCAGAAGAAAGACAAGGAAGUGUAACGCCCUUAGCCAUACUAUCCCCAGUGGACUCCGACAGGCACUUCACUGCAAAUCAAGACUUUGAAGAGACAAUUCCAGUGAUACGACACUUUACUGUGGACGAUACCGCCAGGUCGACGCCGGACGUCCCACUUCAAGUUACAAUUGAAGAGGAGGAAGAGUCUGAAGCAACACUGCCUAUGAGUCCAAGUGGUGUACUACUAGCUCCUCGAGCGGAUCCGGGGCGGCCGAUUUCGCCUGUUCCGCCUAGUCGUCAAGCAGAUGAUGAUGAAGAUUACUUCGUUUUUGUUGAGAAACCACAAGAAAAGACCUCUUCUAAAACGAGUGAGAAAUUGUUGGAAAGGAAAUCUACAGAGACCGAUACGAGUGAUAGCCAUGGAGAAAGGUACUAUACUCGACAACUUUCUGACAUAUCAUCUGGAAGUUACGCUGACACGGUGAUACAACGUGGAAAAGGAGAUAUGGAAUCAGCUGCGGAUGUUGGAGAUAUUACCUCCACCGUUGAAACUAUAUCUGCUUCACCCGAACCACUAGAUAAAGUUUCGCCUGAGAGCAGUCCUGAAGAGAAAAGUGGAUCGCCCACAAAAAUUAGCGACGAAACUGAGGAGCGACUGGAGAAAGACCAGACGAUGGAGUCACCUUUGUCUGAAGAAUCAGCAAAAGACAGAACAAGUGACAACGAAGAAGGUUUUGUGAUUUGCUCACCAAUUGAAGAGACUCCUAUGGGAGAGGGUGAAUUGGAAACAGUAGAAGAAGAGCCUGAAGAUGUUGAAUCAGUUAAUGGCAGCGGUAAUUCGUCCGUAGGAGUACCUUCAGACACAUUAGCGUUGGUUGGGAAGUAUAAACACGUAUCAAGCGACAAUGUGUCUCUUACCAGCCUUCAAGAAUUUGAACGCUUAGAGCAAAUUGUAAUAAAUCAUGGAGAAGGCAGCUUAAGUGCUAGUGAGAUUGAGCUCUAUGCAGCUGGAAAACUGCGAUGCGCUGGAUCCAGCGGUUCCGGCGAGGGCUCAGUUAGUUCACUGGCAGAAUUUGAAAAAUUGGAACAAGAGCUUACUGCAAAUAUCUCACCUCAAGAAGAAGUCGCAAUGCUUCCUGAGAUUCGUGAAGAAUCGGAGGUCGAAGAUAUGAGCAUCCGUGACGAUGAUGAAGAAGAGCAUUCGGAAACUGAAGUGAAGACAAGACCAAUUGACGAGGAAGAUCUCAGAAGUGCAACACCAAUUGCAUCGCCGGUGGAUUCACUUGAACAUGAACCCAUCGUCUCUACAAUACCACUUCUCGAAACAAGUACGGAUUCGUUGGAACCGUCCUAUGAGCGCGUGGAAACUCAUACUCAACGGGAUAGCGAAGUAUCAUCCCUAGCCGAAUAUGAAGUAAGUUCAAAACCCACGUUAUUCAAUAAACUCACAUCAUUUCCUAUAAAUAAAAUAAUUUCAAGCACAGGUUACGGCUAAAU